AUGGUCGUCAUUACGCCGCUUACGGGCAACGGUUCGCAAGAAAACGAACAUACCAUCGUCCCGGCCGCGCCUAUUUCCGCACCCGUCGAGGUAGAUGCUGAUGCCGCCGCGACUUUGGCCAUUUUGAACGCAUCGGACCCCACCGACCCCCUCGGGCUCGUGCCGCGCGAUUUGAACGUUCCCACGGACAAAUGGACGGUGAAAAAGACUAUCCACAUCGCCAUCUCGACCUUCGAGGGCGACAUGGACGCCAACGUCAAGAAGUUGACCGAGGCGUGGGUGGACUCGAAGGUCCAUCUGCAGCGGAAGCUGGACUGGAAUAACGAACAUUGGACCUCAUGGGAGUACGCGUGCUGUCAUCGGAAAAAGAAGUGCCCAUUCCGAGCGAAGGCGACCAGGCGCUACCUUGAAGGCAUUGGGGACACGAUCGAGAUUGAAGUCAAGGGCGAGCACACCGAUCACGCGACACGGGAGAAGCAGUUCGGGCUCUCCGAAACGGUGAAGGGCUUUAUCAACGCGAGGAUCCACAUGAAACCGAUGUCAUGCCACAUGGAGUUGGUCAAGUGGUACGACGGCGCCCACGCGGGGGUCACGGUCGCACAGGUGCAGGCCUAUUAUGGGAAUAACAAGAAGCGGAUAGCCGCUGCUAGGUUCAAGAACACGGUCGCGGGCUGGCGCGAAUGGGUGAAGAAGCACCCGUGGCACCCGCACCUCGCCGAUGACGUUUCCGCCGUUGCAUAUUCCAAGUUCGAAAUGCCCGGGUGCUUCCAUGUGCUCCUGACCACCAACCGCAUGCUCAAGAGCAUCGUCGAGCAGCGCCGCUACCAUCACGCGUACAAGCAGGCCGACGCCACCUGGAAGAUAACAUGGGAGGGGCAUCCGCUGUUAGUCAUGGGCACGGUGGACUGGGGACAGAGAUUCAUCCCCUCCGCUUUCAUGCUGUCCAGGUCUGAAACCGACGACGAUUACGGCAGCAUGGAGGAGGCUGUCUACAACUGCCUCGUGCAGAUGUAUCCCGCGCGGACGCCCGACGGAGAGCUCGCCCGCGCCAUACCUAUCCUCUGCUCGGACGGCGCGUUGGCGAUAAAGAACGGAGACAUGGCCGCGGCCAUGAGGACGGGUCGGAGCGCGGGGUACACGGACUGGGAUUACGACAAGAUGCUCACCUGCUGGUUCCACGUGAACCAGGGGGUGGAGAAGAACGCCAGAGCCGCGCUGACAGGCUCCGCGGAACAGAAGAAGACCAUGUACGCGGAGUUCAAGGGCGACCUUUGGCUGCUGCACAUGCUGCCGUAUGGCUUCCGGACCGCCUUCGACGUCCUGUGCGAGUCGCUGGGAGAGAAGUGGAAGAAGCGUGAUCAGCCGGCGUUGUGGGAAUGGUUUGAGACGGGAUGGCUGGGCCCGAGGAAGAGAUGGUCGAGGGCAUAUGCUCCCGUGGGCCUCCCGAGCACCUCGAAUCAGACCGAGCGACACAACCGCACGCUCAAGGAAAUCAUGCAGCGCUUACGGUCCGGCGCGAACACGUUCAUCGGCCAGUUGCAGGAGCACGUCGGGUACUGGUCGAAAUAUAUGAUGAAACCGAACGCCAUUCCCAGCGGGCCACAGGUCAACGGCGACAUGUGGGAAGAGGUGGAGAAAUACAUGAAGAACGUGGACAUCCCCGAGCUCGAGGCAAUUGCGCAUGGUGAUCUUGCUCUCUAUCCCUCGGGAGCAACGAUGAAGUUCCUGAGGCAACGCGACGCGGAGAAGGGGUACGCCACCGUCGCCGAGCGCAAGGAACGGAUCCUCGCGGACGGGCUCGCCCUCGCCGAGAAGUGUGCGGACAUGUGGGUGAAGCUGCGCGACCUGAAAUAUGGGGAGGGGUGCGAGGUGAGUCCGGCGGACUUCGACAGCGUCAUGAGCAUCUUUCACAGCUUUAGGGUGCUCACGCCGCUGGAGCGCCCGUGGGAGAGUGACUGUCCGUCGAUGUACCAGUGCUGGUCGUGUCCGGACGGGGUGAAGCACGGUGUGUGCAAGCACGCUCUCGUACACACAGUCCAUAUGAACCCAAGCGUAUGGCCGAGUGAGCGCACCAAGCUGACCGCGCUGAGGAAGCGAGGGAAAGGGGCGCCCCAGAAGACGAAGGCUGCGCUGCAGUUCCAUCUCGAUGAGUUCUUACCGUCUCUCGAGGAUAUCGCGGACGUUGUUCCGACGCUCGGCAAGCGUCAGUCCGAUUCGCUGACCGCACCGGCAGCACCUACGCGCAGGUCAGCGCGGACGGCGGUGCCAGCACCCAUCGUAGACAUGUGA